AUGGCCACGUCAGCUACGCCUCUCCCUCUCCUCCGGCGGCCGGUCCUUAACCACGGCAACUUCGCCAAGAAUCCACGGCGGAAUCCGGUAGUGUUACCGGUGAACCAGAGUAGAUGUGAUCUGUUCGCCGGCGAGUGGGUACGGGAUGAGACGUACCCACUUUACAAUGUGGAAGAAUGCGGCGGAGGAAUGAUAGAUCCGGGGUUUGACUGCCAAACUUACGGCAGGCCUGACUCCGAUUAUCUCAAGUUCCGGUGGAAACCUUUCAACUGCGACGUUCCUAGAUUCAAUGGGGUCAAGUUUCUACAAGAGAUGAGGAACAAAACAAUAAUGUUCGUUGGUGAUUCACUGGGGAGAAACCAAUGGGAAUCGUUGAUGUGUAUGAUCUCUGCAUCAGCACCACACAUUCAUACACAUAUCAUCCAUGAAGAUCCUCUCUCUACCUUCAUGAUCCUUGACUACAACGUGAAGGUGUCAUUCUAUAGAGCUCCAUAUCUUGUAGACAUAGACAAAAUCCACGGAAAGACAACUCUCAAACUCGACGAAAUAUCAGUUGAUGCAUCGGACAUUUGGCGCACGGCCGACGUUUUACUGUUCAACACUGGUCACUGGUGGAGCCAUACCGGGUCUUUACGAGGGUGGGAGCAGAUGGAGACAGGAGGGAGAAAUUACGAAGACAUGGAUAGGUUGGUGGCAUUGAGAAAAGGACUAAGAACAUGGUCUAAUUGGGUCCUUCGUUAUAUCAACUCUCCUCUCACUAGAGUUUUCUUCCUCUCCGUCUCACCCACACACUACAAUCCAAAUGAAUGGAUUUCAAAAGCAAAAGCUUCAACGACAACUCAAGGAGCAAAAAGCUGCUACGGCCAAACGGCACCGUAUAGUGGAGCAACAUACCCAACAAGUUCGUACGUGAACCAGAAGAAAGUCAUUGACGAAGUGGUGAAAGAGAUAAAAUCCCAUGUCUCGUUGAUGGAUAUAUCUAUGCUCUCUGCUCUUCGUAUCGACGGUCAUCCAUCGAUCUACAGUGGAGAUAUCAGUCCAUCUCUGAAGAGAAAGCCUGACCGUUCAUCUGAUUGUAGCCAUUGGUGUCUUCCUGGUCUGCCCGAUACUUGGAACCAGUUGGUUUAUGCUUCUUUGUUGUACUAA